GUACAGAAGGAAAAGGAGUGGCCUUCUGCAGAUAGUCGCCCUCUCUGUCGGAGUAAAGUCUUCUCACUGUGGCAGCUUGUAGGAGGGAAAACAAAAGUUUAGAGAUACAGAGCAGGGGAAGGAGAGAGAAGAAAACAAGAGCCAUCUUCAAACCACAGUUUCUCCCAGGUGACACACAGUCAUGGCAUCAGCAGCUCCGCCAAACAGGAUGGUGUCCUCCGUCUUUAUCACUCUGGCGUCUCCCUACCGAGCCACGGUGACACAGCAGCAGCAGCCCGCCCUCCAAGCUCACAGUGCCCCUGCCAGAGACAUGCAGCACACUGCUGUACGAGUCAGCCCAAGUGACAGCGUCCCCGUACUAAGACACAGGAAGGAAGAAGUCCUCUCAUCACCCGAGUCUCACGGACGAGUAGAAAAAGGCCGGGUUCAUACAGGAGCCUUGGCCCAAGCUUCAGACCCUCAGAGUCCCAAACACGCCCAACCUGGACGCAGCAGAGGACUGCUGCAAGAAGACGACCGGGGAGCUGAAGAGUUCCUUCCUCCUCCUCCUCAUCCUCCUCCUCCUCCUGCUGCUGCUGCUGCUGCUGCUGCACUGCCUUCAUCUCUGGGAGCAGCUCUCCCUAAAGAAUCAGCACUUCCACCACCUCCUGCACAGACACCUCCCUCACACCCUCUGACCCCAGGCCAGCCGCCACUUAACAACAGAGAGGUGGAAACAAGAACACCAUCUAGUGGGUUAAAGAAAGGUGAACAUUCCCACGGGAUCCAUAAGAACGGCCAAGACACAAUUGAGGAGAGUAAAGAGGUGUGUGGCUUCUGUCGGAAGCCCGUGGCUCUUUCUGAACCAGCGAUAGAGGCCUUGAACAGGACUUAUCAUGAUGGCUGCUUCCAGUGCAGAUCCUGUCACAUUCCACUGGCGGGAAAACAGUACUACAACAAGGCCGGAACCCCACUCUGUGAAGACUGCUACCAGGCCAGUCUGGAGCUUUGUUGGGCAUGCGGGGAGGUGAUCACAGACCAUGUGAUCCGUGCCCUUGAGCGAGCAUACCAUCCAUCUUGCUUCACCUGCGCUACAUGUAAACAGCAAAUUGGAGAGCAAGCUUUUGCUCAGGGAGAAGUUGGAGAAGUGUAUUGCCUCCGGGAUUACUACAGGAAAUAUGCUCCAAAGUGUAACUCCUGUAACAAGCUAAUUAUUCCAAAAGAAGACGGUACUGACAGCUACACUGUUGAGUGUCUGGGACGCUCCUACCAUGAGAACUGCUACAGAUGUGAGGUCUGUGUCAUCCAGCUCUCCCCUGAACCAAACGAGCACGGCUGCUAUCCUUUGGAUGGGAGGAUGCUCUGCAAAUCUUGCCACCUGAACCUGGUUUCUGGUCAGCACUAACACAGUCAACUGCAAACUGAUGGAAAAGUGCCACAACUCCAGGUUUAAAGAGAUGGGAGUUGGUGCAUGAGCAUUUAAGACUCUAGCAUAUGAAUGUCACACGCCUUUUUCUUCUCCCAGUAUAAUGAAGAUGAAAUAUGGUUGUUUUUUUAAUAACAUAUCAUUCUUUCUGAAGACACUAUUCCUCUUUUAUACUUGAUAUUUUUGCACUCAAUAAACUACAAAAUGCACCAAAUGUGUUUAUGCAACAGACUUACCGCAAAAUUUUUUGAAUUUUUUAAAAGUAUAUCUUGACCAGUAUAUAUUUCUCAAUCACAUUAACCCUUUAUAUACAAUUUAAACUUUAUAUUAAAAAAACCCAGAAAUGUUUAUAUAGAAGUAAAAUAAUAUAUUUUAUCUCAAGGCAGGUUUCAACAUGCACAACAUUUGUUAGAUAACACGGACACUAUCAAUAAGUAUUUAGAUGGGGAAAAACAAUACAGUCUAAUUAAAUGGUAAACAAACCACAACCAUUUUCUUUCUUUGGUAAAAUGCAAAAACUUUAUCAAAAUGCUAAUCCAUUUACAUUAACACAAGUCCAAGGACAGUUUUUUUUUUCAUAUGAGCAGACUGUGCUGAAAGGUGCAGAAACGUAAGGUAGCUGCCUGGCUGUGUUAAGAUGGACUGAAAGACGUCAGAUCAUUUUACACACCUGGUUGAGCAGGUAAAAAUAAAAUAAACCUUCAGGAAACUGAUGAAACUACACCACAUACAACAAAUUUACAAAACUAAAUUGAGACAUUUAAGCUUUUAUCUUGUGAAAUAAUGUAUAACAGAGCACAAUAACUGACUCAAGCAGUCAUCAUGGACCAGUACUUAAAGGUGUUUUUGAUUUUAAUGUGAUUACAGUUAAAUUUUUUUGCACAAAGGUUAAAGGGCCUGUAUUUUGCUCAUUUGGAUUCCAGCUGAAUGACUUGGUUAUUUAUAUUCUGUAUUUCAAAAUGACUUGUUUGUGGAAUUAUUUUUCUGUGUAUUCAAAACAUAUAUUAAAAACUUUUGUUAAAAAAAGGACA